AUGGUCAACGCCUCCAGAGGGAACAAUCCCAGCCGGAAUCAACCCCGAAGCACCACGCCGUUCAAUAAUGGCCCUGCCGUCGCGAGUUCCGGCAUCCCUCGCCCUGUUCUAGAUGCCCAGCAGCAGCCAAACGAGUCCUCUGCCAGUCUCAGCGCGAGCAGACAGAAACAAUCUAAGCGCGAUGAGGCGAUCCGCAGGAAACUGGAGAGCGACCUCUCCAAAAAGAAGACCCUCACGGGCCGGUCACGACAGAUUCGCAGAGCCCCUCCCGGAACUGUGCUUGCCCUCAAGCCCAGCCAGGCUCUCCAGAUCAAGCCUGCCACCACUGUCUCCGAGGCUGCUCAGCUGAUGGCUGCGAAGAGGGAGGACUGCGUGCUGGUUACCGACGAUGAGGACCGGAUUGCCGGUAUCUUUACGGCCAAGGAUCUUGCGUUUCGCGUGGUCGGAGCUGGACUCAAGGCUGCCAACGUCACGAUUGCUGAAAUCAUGACCAAGAACCCCCUCUGUGCCAGGACCGACACGAGCGCCACGGAUGCGUUGGACCUGAUGGUUCGCAAGGGCUUCCGUCACCUGCCCGUCAUGGAUGAGAACCAGGAUAUUUCGGGUGUGCUGGAUAUCACAAAGUGCUUUUACGACGCCAUGGAGAAGCUGGAGCGCGCAUACUCUUCCUCGAGGAAGCUGUACGACGCUCUCGAGGGAGUGCAGUCCGAGUUGGGCGCCAGCCAGCCUCAGCAGAUUAUCCAGUAUGUGGAGGCUCUCCGGUCCAAGAUGUCUGGGCCCACCCUCGAGUCCGUGUUGAACGGCAUCCCGCCCACCACGGUGAGCGUCCGGACCUCGGUCAAAGAGGCUGCGGCCAUGAUGAAGGAAAACCACACCACUGCGGUGCUCGUGCAGGACCAGGGUGCCAUUACGGGCAUUUUUACCAGCAAGGACGUCGUUCUUCGUGUCAUUGCUCCAGGCCUUGACCCGGCCAAUUGCAGCGUCGUGCGUGUCAUGACCCCUCACCCCGAUUUUGCCCCAAUGGACAUGACCAUUCAGGCUGCCCUGCGAAAGAUGCAUGAUGGCCAUUAUCUCAACCUUCCCGUCAUGAACGAUGGCGGUGAGAUUGUGGGAAUGGUGGAUGUGCUCAAGCUGACUUAUGCUACGCUGGAGCAAAUCAACACCAUGUCGAGUGACAAUGGCGAGGGCCCGGCGUGGAACAAGUUUUGGCUCUCCAUCGACCACGAGACGGAGUCGAUGGUGUCUGGCGACGGCAGCCACAGCCAUCACCACGCUCACCAUUCUCGCAUGAUGUCGCCCGAGGCGAACCGCCUUGGAGAUAGCGUCGCUCCCAACGACUCUGCAUCGCACAUCGGACUGGACUCGCCUCCUCAUUCCAUCGCCCCCGAGGUGACGACCGCCGAUGUUCCGUUCGCUUUCAAAUUCAAAGCACCUUCGGGACGUGUUCACCGGCUGCAGGUGGUUGCAUCGCAAGGCAUAGAAGCGUUUGUGCAUGCCGUUGCAUCCAAGCUUGGAAGUGAACUCGACAGCAUCGGAGGCAUGCCGGAUGUUCUGGAGGGCAGAAUCGACGGUCCUGGGUUUGCUCUCAGCUACAUGGACAACGAGGGUGACACCGUGUCCAUCACCACCGAUAACGAUCUCCUGGAGGCCAUCCUCCUCGCCCGCCAGGCACAUCUCGAGAAGGUUGAUCUCUUUGUCCACGACUCAGAGAAGCCGCCUACAACACCCUCGUUGGACACCCUGCCAACCCCAGUUUCGUCAUCCACCGGCCUUCGUGAACGCCGGAGAGCAUACGAGGAGGAAGAGUCAGAGAGUGAGGAGGAGGAAUCCGAGGAGGAGGAAGAGCAGCGGCCCGCGCGCCGUUCGCGGAGAUCAAGGACGAUUGUCCACCAGGAGCAGAUUAUUGCCGGCGUACCCAACGACCUGCUGCUGCCCGGAGCCAUUGUUACCCUUGCGGUGGUUAUAAUUGGUGUGUUUACUAUUGCCAGAGCGACUAGCCGUUGGAGCAAAACGAACGCCGCCAUGAAUGUUCAGAGCGCCGCUGUGCGGCAUGGCCGCCGCGCACUGGCGUCUCCCCUGCCACGAGCCGUUCUGCGACAACUCUCGACCGAAGUCAAGACGACGACAGCUUCAGCUUCGACCUCGACCUCCAAUGGCCCUGCUCAGGCAUGGCCGGCUCCUCAGUCAGCCGCUGCGCCUCCCAAGAUUGUGUCAUCGGCCAAGAAGAAGCAAAAGAUUGUCGAGGAAUAUGCCGAGUUCCAGAGGAUCCAGAAGAACACGAGAAGCCUUGGGUCAAAACUCGAGAAGCGCUACGUGCCCACGGAAAUCAUUAGCAACCCACCCCGGCCGGAGGACGUUACGCUGGAGCUGUUGAUGGCGUCGCAGACACACAUGGGCCACAACACUUCACUAUGGAACCCGGCGAAUUCCCGAUACAUCUACGGAGUGCGACAGGGAAUUCACAUUAUUUCUCUCGAGACAACUGCGGCACAUCUUCGACGAGCAGCCCGGGUGGUUGAGGAGGUGGCCUACCGCGGUGGUGUCAUUCUCUUUGUUGGUACUCGCAAGGGCCAGAUGGAGAUUGUCACAAAGGCAUCUGAGCUGGCAGGCGCCUACCAUCUGUUCACAAAGUGGAUUCCCGGUUCCAUCACAAACCGAGAUGUCAUCCUCAGGACCCAGGGUAUGAAGGUGGUUGACCACCUGGACAAGGAACUUGAUGGAUUCGACAUGUUCAAGGGUACGGCGAGACCGAUACUGCCAGACCUGGUGGUUUGCCUUAACCCUCUAGAGAACUACACGCUGUUGUACGAGUGUGGCUUGAAGAACAUUCCCACGAUUGGAGUCAUUGACACAAACACUGAUCCUUCAUGGGUCACAUAUACGAUCCCGGCAAACGACGACAGUCUUCGUUCAAUGGCUUUGGUUGCCGGAGUCCUUGGUCGAGCCGGAGAAGCUGGUCAGAAGCGACGACUACAAGAUGCCGCCAGCGGCAACAUCUCAUGGAGCACCUCGCCAGAACUCAGCCGCCACAUGAGGAAGGAAGUGCAGGCUGCCGUCCUCAAGAGAAAGGAGGUCAUGGGCCGGAUGCAGGCCAACAUUCAGGGAUUUACGGAUGAGGAGAUGAAGCUGCUGAGGUCACAAUAUCUUGGAGAGCAGCAGGAUGAGGUGACGGAGGAUGAUUUGGUCAACAUGAUGGGAGAGACAGUUGCAGCUGAAGCAUCAACAGAAAAGGCGGCGCCCUCGGGGGAGACAGUUGGCGCGCGUCUGGGCAGCAUCGAAGCGCAGCUGAAGAGCUUGCAGAAGAAUGCUGUUGAGAUUGAGCAAGCUGUGCGAGGAAGUGUAUAA